GUUCCUGGUAUUCUGAAGAGGGACAUCACACAGAAGGGGUAUGAGAAGAAGAGAGCAAAGCUGCUGGCUCCGUAUGUCCCACAAACCCAAGGGGUUGAUCCAGCGUUACAGAAGGAAUCCAGAACUCAGAUGCCUGUUCCAUCUGCAACUCCAGCCUCAGCAUCGUCGUCAUCCUCAUCCAAAUUUCACCGAGCUCGCUCAGGGGGAGCCAGAGAUGAACGCUAUCGAUCUGAUAUCCACACAGAAGCAGUUCAAGCAGCACUGGCAAAACACAAAGAACAGAAGAUGGCUCUGCCCAUGCCAACAAAAAGACGGUCUACAUUUGUUCAGUCUCCAGCUGAUGCCUGCACUCCCCCAGACACGUCUUCUGCAUCCGAGGAUGAGGGGUCACUAAGGCGCCAAGCUGCUCUUUCUGCUGCAUUGCAUCAGAGCUUACAGAAUGCUGAGUCUUGGAUCAACCGAUCUAUUCAGGGGUCAUCCACAUCUUCAUCAGCAUCUUCUACUCUAUCCCAUGGAGAAGGCAAAGGGACCAGUGGGUCACUAGCUGAUGUAUUUGCCAAUACUCGAAUAGAAAAUUUCUCAGUUCCCCCAGAUGUCACAGCAACUACCUCCUCUUCCUCAGCACGCCCAGCAGCGAUUGAUCUUCCUCCUUCAGGGAUCGUGAAAGGCAUGCACAAGGGAUCUAAUCGGUCUAGUCUCAUGGAUACUGCUGAUGGUGUUCCUGUGAGUAGUAGAGUCUCCACGAAAAUUCAGCAGUUGCUUAACACCUUGAAAAGACCUAAAAGGCCACCCCUGAAAGAAUUUUUUGUGGAUGAUUUUGAAGAAAUUGUGGAAGUUCCACAGCCUGACCCAAAUCAACCUAAGCCAGAAGGACGCCAGAUGACACCUGUGAAAGGAGAGCCACUGGGAGUUGUUUGUAACUGGCCUCCUGCCUUAGAAGCAGCACUGCAGCGCUGGGGAACCACGCAGGCUAAAUGCCCCUGUCUGACAGCACUGGAUGUUACAGGAAAACCAGUUUAUACCCUCACAUAUGGCAAACUGUGGAGCAGAAGUCUCAAGCUGGCCUACACACUGCUUAAUAAACUGGGGACCAAAAAUGAACCCGUGUUAAAACCUGGAGAUAGGGUAGCCCUUGUUUAUCCCAACAAUGAUCCAGUCAUGUUUAUGGUGGCGUUUUACGGCUGUCUUCUAGCAGAAGUCAUACCAGUGCCUAUAGAGGUACCUCUUACCAGAAAGGAUGCUGGCGGUCAGCAGAUUGGUUUCCUACUGGGCAGCUGUGGCAUUGCUUUGGCCCUCACCACUGAAGUUUGUCUGAAAGGGCUUCCAAAAACCCAAAACGGAGAAAUUGUGCAGUUUAAAGGUUGGCCCAGACUCAAAUGGGUUGUGACAGAUUCAAAAUAUCUCUCCAAAUCCCCUAAGGACUGGCAGCCCAACAUCUCAGCUGCAGGAACUGAGCCAGCAUAUAUUGAGUACAAGACUAGCAAAGAGGGCAGCGUGAUGGGUGUUACGGUGUCUCGAAUUGCCAUGCUCUCUCACUGUCAAGCCUUGUCGCAGGCCUGCAACUAUUCUGAAGGUGAAACGAUAGUGAAUGUGUUGGAUUUUAAGAAGGAUGCAGGGCUGUGGCAUGGUAUACUAACGAAUGUAAUGAACAAAUUGCAUACUAUCAGUGUGCCCUAUUCUGUGAUGAAAACCUGCCCACUCUCAUGGGUGCAGAGAGUUCAUGCGCACAAAGCAAAAGUUGCUUUAGUGAAGUGUCGAGACUUGCACUGGGCCAUGAUGGCCCAUCGAGACCAAAGAGAUGUCAGUUUGAGUUCUCUACGGAUGCUGAUUGUAACUGAUGGUGCAAAUCCCUGGUCUGUUUCCUCAUGUGAUGCCUUCCUGAGUUUGUUUCAGAGCCAUGGACUUAAACCAGAGGCAAUUUGUCCUUGUGCCACAUCUCCUGAAGCAAUGACUAUUGCAAUACGGAGGCCUGGGGUCCCUGGAGCACCUUUGCCUGGAAGAGCCAUCCUGUCCAUGAACGGGCUGAGUUUUGGUGUGAUUCGCGUCAACACUGAAGAUAAAAACUCUGCUCUCACUGUCCAGGAUGUUGGCCAUGUGAUGCCAGGAGGAAUGAUGUGUAUAGUGAAACCUGAUGGACCCCCUCAGCUCUGUAAAACGGAUGAGAUUGGUGAAAUCUGCGUUAGCUCCAGAGCAGGAGGAAUGAUGUAUUAUGGGCUGGCAGGGGUGACAAAGAACACGUUUGAGGUUAUCCCUGUGAACUCAGCUGGCUCUCCAGUAGGUGAUGUGCCAUUCGUCCGUUCAGGCUUGCUGGGGUUUGUUGGACCUGGUAGUUUGGUGUUUGUGGUUGGAAAAAUGGAUGGAUUGCUGACAGUUAGUGGACGUAGACACAAUGCUGACGACAUUGUAGCGACUGGAUUGGCAGUAGAGUCAAUAAAAACAGUUUACAGAGGAAGAAUUGCUGUGUUCUCAGUAUCUGUGUUCUAUGAUGAGAGGAUUGUGGUGGUUGCAGAGCAGAGGCCAGAUGCAUCUGAAGAGGACAGUUUUCAGUGGAUGAGUCGAGUGCUGCAGGCAAUCGACAGCAUUCACCAAGUGGGCGUAUAUUGCCUUGCUCUUGUGCCAGCCAAUACAUUGCCAAAAACUCCAUUGGGAGGGAUCCAUAUCUCUCAAACUAAGCAGCACUUUCUGGAGGGCUCUCUGCAUCCAUGCAACAUCCUCAUGUGCCCACACACGUGUGUGACGAACUUGCCAAAACCCAGGCAGAAGCAACCAGGUGUUGGCCCUGCCUCUGUGAUGGUAGGGAACCUGGUCGCUGGGAAGCGUAUUGCUCAAGCUUCUGGAAGAGAUCUUGGUCAAAUAGAAGACAAUGACUUAGUUAAAAAGCACCAAUUCCUGACGGAGGUGCUACAGUGGAGAGCUCAAGCAACUCCUGACCACCCACUCUUCCUGUUAUUAAAUGCCAAGGGAACCACUGUGUGUACAGCCACCUGCCUUCAGCUGCACAAAAAAGCUGAGCGAAUUGCAUCAAUUCUGUACGACAAAGGACAUCUCAAUGCAGGAGACAAUGUGGUGCUUCUUUAUCCUCCUGGCAUUGAGCUAAUCACCGCGUUCUAUGGCUGUUUGUAUGCUGGCUGCAUCCCUGUGACCGUGAGACCACCUCAUGCUCAGAGCCUCACUGCUACUCUGCCCACUGUGCGAAUGAUCGUGGAAGUCAGCAAAGCUGCCUGUAUUCUCACAACCCAGACCUUAAUGAAACUACUGAAAUCCAGAGAGGCAGCUGCUGCUGUAGAUGUGAAAACUUGGCCAACCAUCAUUGACACAGAUGACUUGCCCAGGAAGCGACUGUCUCAAAUCUAUAAACCACCUACGCCUGAAAUGUUAGCAUAUCUAGAUUUCAGUGUUUCCACAACAGGCAUGCUUACAGGAGUAAAGAUGUCCCAUGCUGCAGUGAGUGGUCUUUGCAGAGCAAUUAAGCUUCAGUGUGAGCUGUACUCCUCUCGGCAGAUUGCAAUUUGUCUCGACCCCUAUUGUGGACUUGGUUUUGUGCUCUGGUGCCUUUGCAGUGUGUAUUCUGGUCACCAGUCGAUCUUAAUUCCUCCUAUGGAGCUGGAAUCCAAUCUUUUCCUCUGGUUAUCUACUGUGAGCCAGUAUAAAAUAAGGGACACUUUCUGUUCCUAUUCAGUUAUGGAACUGUGCACAAAGGGACUUGGAAACCAGGUUGAAAUGUUAAAGGCGCGUGGAAUUAAUCUGUCCUGUGUCCGGACUUGUGUGGUAGUUGCAGAGGAACGGCCACGAGUUUCUCUGACUCAUUCCUUCUCAAAACUCUUCAAAGACAUUGGCUUGUCAUCUCGUGCUGUAAGCACCACCUUCGGAUCAAGAGUCAAUGUUGCUAUCUGUUUACAGGGAACAUCUGGGCCUGAUCCCACCACGGUGUAUGUAGAUCUGAAAUCCUUGAGACAUGACAGAGUACGCUUAGUGGAAAGGGGAGCGCCACAAAGCCUGCUACUUUCAGAAUCCGGGAAGAUUUUACCUGGAGUCAAAGUAGUCAUUGUUAAUCCUGAGACAAAGGGGCCUCUUGGUGAUUCUCAUCUUGGGGAGAUUUGGGUAAAUAGUCCACACACAGCCAGUGGCUACUAUACUAUCUAUGAUAAUGAAACCCUUCAAGCUGAUCAUUUCAACACUCGUCUAAGCUUUGGUGAUGCUGCUCAAACACUUUGGGCUCGGACUGGAUACCUUGGUUUUGUUCGUCGAACAGAGCUUACAGCUGCCAGUGGAGAGCGUCAUGAUGCACUGUAUGUUGUUGGGGCACUGGAUGAAACUUUGGAACUGCGAGGGCUGCGUUACCAUCCGAUUGACAUAGAGACUUCUGUGUCUCGAACGCACAGAAGCAUUGCUGAAUGUGCUGUAUUCACCUGGACCAACUUGCUUGUGGUUGUUGUGGAGUUGUGUGGCUGUGAACAAGAAGCUCUGGAUUUAGUUCCUCUAGUUACAAACGUGGUGCUGGAAGAACAUUAUCUAAUUGUGGGAGUGGUGGUAGUAGUGGAUCCAGGAGUCAUUCCUAUCAAUUCCAGAGGAGAGAAACAACGAAUGCAUCUCCGUGACAGUUUUCUAGCUGAUCAGUUAGACCCCAUAUAUGUAGCCUAUAACAUGUAACAUGUAUGGGGGGGGGAAAGAUGUUUAGAAACUUUGCGGGACCACCAAGUGACAAAGGGUGUCUAUAGAAUGAAGCUGGUGAAAAUUACUAAUACUUGAUAUAAAGUUUGAGAUUGCUGCCAUAUUCCCUUCAUCUCAUCCUGUGGUAUUAAGAUCACAUUAAUUACCAAGGGACAAAAGGAAAUGUGGUAGACAAUGGAAAACAUUUGUAACAGUUUACUGAAAUAUUAGCUUUAUAGAAAAUGCAAAGUUGACAAAUGUGUGAGCUACAAAAUUCCUAAGGCCUUUACAGUAGUGUUACUUUUUUCAUCUGUUGUACAUAUUUGUAUUUUUAUCUAAUACUGUUCUAGGAUUCUAUAAGGGGAGGGCUUAUUUAGUUAAGAAAAACUAUUAAGAGGAGGGUCAUCAGAAUUCUGCAGUUCCCUACUAUAUAAUGUACUUUGCAUCUGUAAUGUAGCUAUUUGUUCCAUGGGAUCACACAGCUUAUUUAAAAUUGUGCCAUGACCAAAUCAAUAACUUACGGAAUCUAAGAGUUACUUAUUCAUAUAGAUAUUUCUUGAAUUUAAAAAGAAUUUUGCCUAUAUUUUAAAUAUGUAAAUAUUAUUAUACAUAAUUCACUUAGAAAAUUGACUUGGAUAAUGAUGACAGCUGAAGGUAGAAAUUUUUAAGGACAGUAACUUUUGUGGUCCUUAGCAUAAUUACAUUUGGUUAGACAACUAAUGUGAGAUACACAAAUCUUGCACAAGUUUUCUUAAUUCAGUAUGUAGUCUUUCGUUGCUGGCCAGAAGUGUGUCAUAGCACGUAGAAACCUAUUUUUUUAAGGCACAUCUUUCUAAAAGAGGCUGAAAUGUUUAAAUGGUAACGUGAAAUCUGGCAGAAAUUGCAGUGCAAGUCCAAAAUGCUUAACAGAAAUUGAUGCAUCUGGGUGACAGCCUCUGCCUCCACCCUCUAUAAUGCCUUGUAUUUAAAGGGGGGGAGAAAAAUCCUGUAGAUUGUUACACAGUUAAAUUUGCUGUUUGUGUGCAAUUCAGUCAUUGUUUGAUUCUGUGCCCCGUAGGCACAAGAAGAAAUAAUGUAGAUGGGCUUUAAUGUUAGCUGGGAGACACCCAGAUUUCCUUGAAACAUUGCCUAGAAAAAAAUAUAUGUCUUGGUUUUGGGUUGAAUGCAAUUUUUCCUUACAGUAGGAGGCACAAAAAUGAGAUAGAGCAGUUCUAGCAAAUACAUGGCCAAAUAACUUCAGGUAAACUAAGAUCCCAGCAUUCAAAAUACUGUGUCAGUUCUCACAUUAAUAAGUGUAAAAAAACCAAACAAACAAACAAAAAAAACCCUUAGAGUCUAAGUACAAGCUCUUGCUGUUAGGAAGCUGUUGCACACUGGGCUGAGGGAGAGAAAAUGUUUCAGCUUUGACUGAGAAUUACUUUUCUUUGCUGUAAUCCUUAAUAAUCUUUUAAGAACAAUUAAAUUCGUAAAGGUGUUGAGAAAAUAUGAUUUUGGAAGCAAUGAAAGCUGAUACCAGAUACUGCAACAGGUUUUUUUGAGUCAAAUAUGGUAUAUAGUGUAAAUAAACUUGUUAUUAAAAUGUUCUACAUUACCUCAUUCAAAGUUUGUAGGCAGUUUUUAAAAGGUUUAUAGUAUAAACUCUGAAGAUCCUGUUGCAGUUAUCAGAGCAGCACCCAAUAUAUCUGUAGGCAAAUCAGAGUUUUGUACUUGAAAAACUCCUGAUGCAAUCUGUUAGCUCUUCACUGAGGGCAGGAGUAUCAAAAUUUUGAUAGAAAGUUCUGAAUGGUAUUUUAAGAAAUGUUUUAGGGGUGGGGGGAAUAGGUUUAGAAACUGCCAGUUAUUAUGGCAAGUCUAAAGUUGUUGCAAACACUUCUGUUUACAAGUGCAUAUUUAUGAACAAUUUCUUUUUCUGUAUCAACCCCUGUAACAAGACAACAUUGUAGGUGCUAUUUGCAUGGUAUCCUGCUGCUGCAUAGGCGUAAACAGUUGUCCUGUUAGCAGUAGGACAAUACUUGAUUUUGUAUCUGUGCCCUAAAAUACCUGGGUAUGAAGCUUUUAAUAUAUUAAGCUUUAACAGAUUGGCCACAAAAUGAGGAAAGUGACAGGUUGUAACUCUGACUAAUACAGUUGGUACUGUAACUUAAGGUGUAGAGAGCACAAAAAACGAUCUCCCUUUUCAGCCAGCAAAGUGAGAGACUCUCCUUUUUGUUAUACACCACUUUCUUUUGAAUUUUUUUUCUUGCACAGUAAAACAACUUGCAGUUCAGCUUCACUUCAUUGUUGCACAUUUCAGAAAAACGUCUUAACUUCUCUCUUAUUCAAAUUAAUGCUUUUAGCUAAAUUGUUUCAACAAUUUAAAGCAUUUGUCCAUUUAAAUGGAUUUUAAGUACAAUUCUAGGAUUGUCUUUUUUACUUGCCAUUUUUCAGAAAUAAAAUAAAUGCAUAUAUUAAAUCAAAGAUUCCCAAUAUGUGGCAGAUUGACUUUCUAAAAUAGCAUUUUUGAAUGGUAUACUCCUCCUUUUUCCUUGUUUUUUUUUUGUAUGGCUAGAAAUCAAUAGUUUGUUAUGGUUUGUGGUUUUUUUAUCUUGCAACCUUAGUUUGUGAUCUUAAUCAAUCUUUUUCUGGUACGUUACAUUUCUCUGUUAGAGAAUUGUAAUUUACAGUCCUCCCUUUAUAAUGACAUAACAUUCCACUCUUGGUUGCCAGUAAGUGGCCUAUUAGAGGCUGGCCAGUUUUGAUUUCAUUGAAUGCUUUUGUCCAUGUCUUGUUUUUUGUCCAUGUCCAGGAAGUAUGGAGCUGAGAAUCUGGAAAUCCUGAUUUUUAACUCCAGCUCUGCUAAUGACUUGCCACAAGGCCUUCAACAGGUCAUUUCACUCCUUCAGUUCCCUCAUCUGUAGAUGAGGAUAUUAUCUAAUCCUUACAACAUCCCUGUGAGGUAACUAACUGUACAGCACUAAGUGCUAAGUAUUAUUCAUUGCUAGCCUCUUUGAGGCUGGGGACAGUUUGUUCUUCCAAACCGAUAAAUGAUUAUUUGGUUGUCUUGGGAGGGCUGUCAAGAUAUGUGACCAAUUCACUUUAAGGCAGUUGCUUGGUGUGACAGGGAAAGCAUUCCAUGUGUGAACGAAUGGCGACAUUCAACUUCAGAAAUUUGGUAGGACCACUGAAAGUUCUGAGGUUGUAUGUUCCUGUUCAGAGUUGAAUUCUUUUUUCGUAACUGCUGAAUCCAGUGUUGAGUCCAACGAAGCAGACUCUUUCAGACUGAUGUUCAGCUCUCCAUGCCAGUUUAACUUUGCAAUUUAUCCAAUUGCAGAAGACAAAUUAUUUCCUACUGUCGUCCAUCUGAUUCCAAGCUAACAGCUGCAAUGAAACUUAACAACUAGGAAUUUUUACCACUUUGAACUAAAAGAUUUUUGUAUGUCUUAUCGUUUCUGAAUAUUCCCUAAGCAAAAUUUGUGGGUACAGGUAAUUUGAAGUCCUGUUUUGUUAACAUUUGCACUGCAUUUCUCAUUCAAAUAAGUGUAAUUAAGAUGUGUCAUAUUAACUGUCCUGAAAAUAAGGUUGUUAAAUUUAAGCCCUGAAUGCAUUUUUCUUUAAUUCCUGUCAACCUAUUUACCAUGGUCAAAUUCAGACUACAGCAUUAUGUAAUUAUGUAUAAAGUUUUUAUUUAUUUGAAAUUAGAUUAGAUAUACGUUUUUAAAUUUAACAUCUGGCUGGACAGUGUUCCAUUAACGCAUUGAUUGUGUUUCCUUUGUCUUGUGUUAAUAAAUAUUGAUGCCUGAUUGCUUGCUUUA